AGAAAGAGUUGCGUUUGACUGGUGCAUUCUGCUCUAGGGAAGGCUUUAUUCAUGCACUCACAAUUCUGUGUACCUCCCUAACAACUCCCCUCUUCAUCUCAAUCCCCACUCCAAGCCCCCAGAUCACACAUUACUACAAUUCUCACUCCCUCUCAAAUCUACACAUGUCUUCACCUCUACCCGCUCAGCCACAUCCCUUCUUUGCUGAUGGGGUUCAAGCAGCUACAGAGCACCUACUCACUGUGGACAAUGGAGAAGCCCAUGGCGACGUGAAAUUCCGGAUACGAAAUCUGGCCAAGAAAUCAGACACCACAGGAGCUUCCAUACUCAAUGGGUUGACCUUGGACAUACCUAAGGGCGUCAUCAUGGGGGUCAUUGGCCCCAGCGGCAGCGGCAAGUCCACGCUGCUCCGAGCUCUCAACCGCCUCUGGGAGCCCCCGUCCGGGACUGUCUUCUUGGACGGCCAUGAUAUUCUGGACACGGACGUCCUCAGCCUCCGCCGCAAGGUCGGCAUGCUCUUCCAGCUUCCUGUUCUUUUUGAAGGCACAGUUGCAGACAAUAUACGUUAUGGUCCUCAACUGAAGGGGAGGAAGCUGAGUGACGAGGAUGUUCACAAGUUGCUAAACCUUGUAGACCUUGAUUCAUUCUUUGCCACCAAGACUGGUUCUGAAAUGUCUGUGGGUCAAUCCCAAAGAGUGGCACUUGCUAGGACCCUAGCCAAUUCUCCUGAGGUUUUGCUGCUGGAUGAGCCGACAAGUGCGUUGGAUCCAAUAUCUACAGAGCACAUAGAAGGUGCUUUAGUGAAGCUGAAGCAGAAACAGGGGAUGACCAUUGUAAUGGUCUCUCACAGCAUCAAACAAAUCCAGAGGAUUGCUGACAUUGUUUGCCUCCUUGUGGAUGGGGAGAUUGUUGAAGUUCUCAAACCAGACCAACUCUCUCAAGCCAACCAUCCCAUGGCACUACGGUUCCUUCAGCUCAGCUCUUAAGUUCUCUCUCUCUCUUUCUCUCUCUCUCUCUCUCUCUCUCUCUCUCUCUCUCUCUCUCUCUCUCUCUCUCUCUAGAUUGAUUUGGGAAUUUAUAUUGUUGUGUGCACAAUAUUUGCUUAGCAUUUGCUUGAUGAUGCCUUCUGGAAAAGAAGAAACUUUUGCUAGUAACUACUCUGAUAUUUGUAUUGGUUACAGUGAUUCAUAUACAUUUGAGAGGGGCCUAAGAACUAUAUUUACAGAAUUUGUAUUCCAA